AUGAUAACAUAUGACUACUAUGUUCAUGAUGCAAUUUUGCAGUUGUACAUAUCUCGUGGCUCAAUUGAUACCUUUUCAUUGGUCUCUGAUGCUGCGUAUAUAAGUGCAAGUUUGGCUCGUAUUAUGCGAGCUCUGUUUGAAAUUUGUUUGCGUAAAGGCUGGUGUGAGAUGUCUAAGUUCAUGCUGGAAUAUUGCAAGGCUGUGGAUCGCCAAAUCUGGCCCCAUCAACAUGCCCUCAGACAAUUUGACAGGGAUCUCUCAGCAGAAAUACUGAGGAAACUUGAAGAACGAGGGGCUGACUUAGAUCGCCUGCAUGAGAUGGAGGAAAAAGACAUUGGGGCCCUGAUUCGUUAUGCACCUGGGGGAAGGUUGGUCAAGCAAUACCUAGGCUAUUUCCCAUGGAUCCACUUGUCAGCUACUGUAAGUCCAAUUACAAGAACUGUUUUGAAGGUGGAUUUGGUGAUAACUCCGGACUUCACGUGGAAAGACCGUUUUCAUGGUAACGCACUGCGUUGGUGGAUAAUAGUUGAGGAUUCUGAGACUGAUCACAUCUACCACUCUGAGCUUUUUACACUGACGAAGCGAAUGGCUAGAGGGGAACCUCAGAAACUUUCCUUUACUGUGCCAAUAUUUGAACCACAUCCACCACAAUAUUUUAUAAGAGCUGUUUCUGAUUCUUGGUUGCAGGCAGAGGCAUUCUACUGUAUAUCUUUCCAGAAUCUACCUCUGCCGCAGGCUCGUACGUCACAUACAGAGCUCCUAGACUUGAAACCACUUCCUGUGACUGCACUUGGCAACAAUAUAUAUGAAGCCUUAUACAACUUUUCGCAUUUUAAUCCCAUACAGACACAGAUUUUCCAUGUCCUGUAUCACACAGACAAUAAUGUUCUACUGGGAGCUCCCACUGGAAGUGGGAAAACUAUAUCUGCUGAGCUUGCUAUGCUUCGUCUCUUCAAUACGCAGCCUGACAUGAAGGAUUCUCAACACUCCGCCUCAAGCUGGACUAAAAAUAUCUUCCAUGUCCAGCUUGCUAAUCAACUCCUCAAACUGUCGUCUGGGUAG